GGGGGAGUAGGAGAGAUGUACUCAAAUGCUUUUCUCGCUGGAGUCACAGAAAGAUGCCUUUGUUCCAAAGCUACUGCUGCUGCUUUUUUCCGGAUAGCGAACACUUGGCUUCAAAUCCCUACCCUUUCCUUUUUUUAAUCGCAAAUAACAACUUUAAAACUUUAGAAAACGAGACCAACAAGUUGAUUUGCAGUUACCUCUAUCUAUGCUAGGUUGCUAACCUUAAAAUCGUUUCCCACUUGAUCUGAAGCUUGACCUAAAAACGUAGGGCUAAUGUUUGCAUUGAGGUUGUACAAAGUAAUAAUCCUAAAUAAAGAAUAAAAAACGUGCAUCCCACCACGGAGACCAUUCCAUUGUAGCUAUCCAACCUCCCCAAAUUUCAACACCUCUUGCAAUGGCUUGACCCCUUUCUAUUUUAACAGUACAAAUUCUACAAACAUCCUCCAUUUUUCCUCAAAAUCAUUUCUCCUGCAUAUUUCCCAUCUUCCUUAAUGGUACAUGUUAAUUUAUCGUGAAUGGCUAUAUCCCACACCUCUUUAUACCAACUUGAAUUCUUAAAGAGAUUUAUCUGGAUUAUACUUUCUAAGAGAGCUUCUCCGGGCUUUGAAGAUGUGCAGCAGGAUUUUCUGGGUGUAACAACAGCAAAAGCCAGCCUAAGCAUGCCUACUUAGACUUUAGGCGGAUGCUUGUUAAAAAAUAGCAACUGUACUAUUUGUGAAACUCAAAUGUUGCAGACAGCAGGUAUGAUCAAGUUGUGAGUUUUAUAUUUAUCUGACUUAUCUGAAUUUGGCUUAUGGAUGUGUGACUAUAUUUUAAAGAAUCGGAAUACAAAUGGAUAUAUAGAUUUGUUGUAUCAUUGAAUGGCUGUAUGAGAAUUACAGUUAGCAAGGAAGUACUAAAAGAAAGUUUUUAGGAUCAUGGUGAUCAUUGCAUGUUCAUCUGGUAAAAGGUGUAAGAUAUUUGAUAAAGCAAAGUUUAUAUAUAAAAAAAGCUUCAGGUGUUACCAAAACUGGCAACAUAAUAUUAGUACAGUCAUACCUCAGGUUAUAGACGCUUCAGGUUGCACGUUUUCGGGUUGCGCACUGUGCCGAACCCAAAAUUACCGGAACAGGUUACUUCCAGGUUUCGGCGUACAUACAUGCACAGAAGCACUAAGUCACACUUUGCACAACAGCGCCAAAUUGUGACCCGCGCAGAUGCGGCACUGCGGGUUGCGAAUGUGCCUCCUGCACGGAUUACAUUCGCAACCCGAGUGUCCACUGUAUUAUGUAGCAUUAGUUAAGGAUAGGUAGCUACUGGGUUACAAAGGAGCUUACAGUAUUGACAUUUUCUUUCUUCCUGUUCCUGAAGAAGCAUGUUGGGAAGGAUAUCCUGAGAGUUAUGCCACCUUUUUUAGUAUCUUAAAAUUUGGUAUCAAAUAUUUUCUCAAAUACUGGGUCAUGAUGAUCUUUGGGAAGCUGUUGGUAAGAGACAGUGCCUUUAAUUUUCUCUUUUUUUCUCCCCCUACCCAUAUAAUUAAUCCAAUGCAGCAUUAAAUAGAAUAGCCUAAGCUUGGUCCAGUGCACCAUGGACCAUAGUGUGGAUGAAGGAUUUCCUAUUUGUCAGAGGUUCUCAGGCUUUUUAUCCUCAGGGCCCUCUGGAGAUGGCUUCAAAUUACACUGAGAUCCACCAGUCAUAAUAUGGUGGUUCAGAUGUAGAGCCAGUCACACAGUGGCAGAGUUUGACACAAUCAGCUGUCGGUUACUGACAUCACUUUCUACUGAUAUCUGAUCCACCUUUGGAAAGCGUUAAAUUAUUUGCCACAGUAUUUUCCUUGUGGCAGGGAGUUCCAUAGUUCAGCUUUCCUCAAGCAAAGUACAUACAUUUGCUCAGCCUCCCCAUUUUAGGCAAAUUGUGCUUAUCCAGAGGCUGUAAGUAGAGAAGGCCUUUUCAUUUAUAUUUUCCCUUUCCCACCCCCCACCAAUGCCUCUCAAAGUUUUUUUACCCAUCUGCUGUAUUUUCCCCUAAUUCUUUUUCAUACUCAACUUAAUUCCCUCCAUACCAAACUCCCAAUAUUUUUAUCCCAGUUUUCUGAUCCUUUUAUAUUUACACCUUUUAUAUCAGCUUCUCUUAUCCUCUUCCUUUCUUUUCCUAGUUUAUUUAUUAUUGGUUCAUUUAUUUAUUACCAUAAAUCUAAUUUCCAUUAACACUUACUCUGGUCCUUUGCUGAGGGAUUGCUUUGCUUCUCUCUCUCUGUCUCGCUCAACUUGUUUGCUGGACUCCAGAGUGCAAGAAGUUACUGAUACAGCCAUUGGUCCAAUCAAAAGUCUAUCACAUGGUUAGGAGACUGGGCAGGUAAUUGAGGAGGCACUGGACAGGCUGUGGCACUGAGGCCAACCUCAGAGUGGCCCAAGACCCACUGGUAUGCACCCAGCCUUCUGUUUGAGGGAGCCUGCCCUAGACUAGAGCAUAACAGAGCUCUAUUCUCUCGAUGGAGUUAGAUGGAGCAGACCAUUGUCCCUUCAUCACUCUUCCUUGGUCAAGUGGAAUGGGACAGAGAGGACUGGCUAGAGAUGGACUGGCAUGGUGACAGCCCCAUUCUAUGCUGUAGAGGAGGGAGGGAACAGGGCUUUGUUAUAACCUUUGGAGACUUUUUGUGAUGCCACAUCCUCAGGGGAUGGAUCAAGACCAAGGUAUAUUUUCUAUGAGUAGACGGCAUGAUGAUUUAAAUGCCUAUUGCAGGUCUUUAUUUAGUCCAUGUCUUGAUUUUAUUUCUCCAGAAAAACAUGCAAGUCUCAGUCUAAUGAGAAAAUGUUCUUCUCUUUGUAUCUCAUUAACAGAGUCAGUUGAAAUAUUUGCUUUAAUGCCCCAAACCUUUACCAGUGCUGGGUUGCUGUAGUUUCCUCAAAUAGUGUGCAGCUAUAAUCUUUGCACAGCUGACGUAGGAAAGAUGAUGUACUAGCAAUUCUAUUUUAAAUGCCUUACAGGCAAAUCAAUGCAUGCUUACUUUGAAAUAAAUUCCACUUAAAUCAGUGGGACCUUCUGUCAAGUAAGUGCUCAUAGGAUUGCAGUCUUAGACAAAAAUUGGAUACAGAAAAAAGGCUGGGCAGCAAAUAUAUCCUGGGCACUCUUAGCAAAGUUGCACCAAAUAGCUGUUCACCAUGCAUGUCUACUACACAUGUAAAAAAAAUGUUUCUUUUAACUGCUCCAUACAACCCAGAAAAAAACCAUUCCGAUUUUUAUACCUGACCUUCAGUUUUCAUAGUAGGUUGUAUAAGGUGAUGAUGUUUUUUUAGCCAUAACAUUCCCCGCCCACCGUCAGACCAACAUGGCUACCUACCUGAAUCUAGAAUCAUGGAAGGCACCACAUUGAGCUGCAUGAAAUGGAAGUCCAUCAAGUGUGUAUCUGAAGAAGUGUGCAUGCACACAAAAGCUUAUAUCAGAACAAACUUAGUUGGUCUAUAAGGUGCUACUGGACAAUCCCCCCCCCAACUGUGUCGGGACCUACCUGAAUCUAGAAUUUUUUCCCCUAGUUGGAGACUGCUCUCCUAGAUCAGAGGUGGAUAACCUGUGGCCUUUCAGGUCUUGCUGGGCUACAACUCCCAUCAUUAGCCAUGCUGACUGGGGCCAAUGGGAGUGGGGAGCCCCUUUGUUUGGAGAGUCACAGGUUUGACAACCCUGUCACAGAUGCUUUCAAGUCUCUCUUCACAUAAACCUUAUCCCAUUUCUAUGAAUAGUUCAAUAGUUUUCAGCAGUGCCUUCUUCUGUUUUAGUAACCUGAAAGUUUGGACCAUUCUUCAAUGUAAAAUAGAUUAAAUAGAAAUUUGAGUCUCGUAAGUGCUCCUGAAUACAAUAUAGAUUUCAACAUUUACAGCUGCAAGUGUGAAGGGUUGGGUGUGAGAGAAAGAGAGAAAUUGGUGUUCUUCUUGGGAACCCUGACACAAAACAAAGAAAUAGAUGACCCUCGUGGUCCCUUCCAACUCUACAAUUCUAUGAAAAAUAGGCUUCAGGUGAAGCUAGGCCUUUAAUUGGUAUAAACGGACAUGGGGACAGUCCCUUAAAAAUCAAGGAAUGACUGCAGCUUGAUACAGAAAGCAUACUUAUAUACUACUGUGCUACACGUUUGAUUACUAUUAGCCAAUAAUGUGGUUGCAAUAAAACUUUCUAUAAUAGUUACAUCCCACUGUUGUCUAAACCAGUGAGAAAUCUCUUAGCUACUUUGAGCCCUCCCCAACCUUCUCAUUAUAAUAAUAUUCAUCAAUGUCCAUCUAUAUUAAUUACCUUAUUUAUUAGCUGUCCACCAACAUCUGCUUUCAUUUAUUUUGUGAUUAAUACAUCCAUUCCUAUAUAUUGAUAUAAUAUUAAUUGCAAUCGUUCUGCUUAGCCAGUCUCCCUUCAGCAUUGCUGUGACAAUUGACCACCUUGAAUUCUUUCAGUGUCAGGUCACUGCCUGCUGCUUGUUCCUACCUAAAAGCAAAUGAGUUUUUUUUCCUAAUGAGAAGGGUUAGUAAAAGUUCAUGCAGUUUUUGCUAGGCUACAAUAUAUCAGGAAAAUGGAGUCUAAGCUACUAAAAGGGAUUUAAAGAAAGCAAGAAACUAUAGAUUCCAAAUAGGACAAGUAAAUAAAUGGAGCUUUUUCUUUCAAGAGAACAUAUUAUAUAGUUUGAAGAAGCUAUCAGUAAAGUUCAUGUUUUAUUAAAUGCAUAUUGCCAGUGUGUGUUGAUCGUGAUCUCUUCAUGGGAAAAGUGAUUUAAUACAUGAAAAGGAAUCACAAUUCAGAAUGGGUGGGGCACCUGUGGCUUUCCAGGUGUUACUGGACUCAUCCUCCUAUCUGACCCAGCCAACAUGGCCAGGGUUAGAGAUGGUAGGAAUUGUAUUCCAUGACUAUCUGGAGGGCCACAGGUUCGCCACGUCUGUUUUAGAAAUAUAAUUCCUGAAAGGGUAUUUCUCUUAAAGAGCUCGUGCUGAAUGAAAGCUCAGAAAUGAUUACCGGCAAUAAAAUCUUGAGCAUUUACUACAAUGUUAUCUUUAUUGUUGACUUUGGGAUGUUCAUCUCUUCCUGUAAGCUAGCAGAGUUGGUUAACAUUUGCUUUCCUGUGGUUGCAGUCCUAGGCAACAUUGAGUGGCUUUCAGAUGUUCCUUUCCUCUGACAGGAAGUCUGUUCCUCCAGCAGAAAUAAUCUUUCUGUUCAAAUUAUCUUCCAUUGGAAGAGAAGCAUUGUAUCCAGCCCAUUAACUUUGAAAGUCUUAACUUAUUUUACAUCUGAGUAAACAUGACUAGGAUUGGACUAUUAAAAUGUAUGUAUUAAAUUUUCCUGAAGGUACCAUCAUUUCAGAUUUGAGGCACUUUUAAAACCAUUAUUAAUAAGUAAGCAGUUACUUAAAUGUUACUGCUAAGAAGGAUUUUAGACUGAAACUAAUCUUUUGAAGACAGGAGUGUCUGGCGUGCUCUGGUCCAUGGGGUCACGAAGAGUCGGACACGACUAAAUGACAACAAAAUCUUUGCUAGAUAGUGAAUAAGCACGUUCAUGAUCAUUUAUAUGAGAAAUAGAAACAAUAAUGUAUUGCAUCAUGUCUCGCUAAAAUUAUAGAGCUGUUAGUUCAUCUCCCUUAGGGAAAACUAUGCUAAGCAAUAAUUAGCUGUUUUCAAAACGAAGUGACUAGUGGGGCUUAGUAAUGCUUCCACUGAUAGCUCAGUUGUUGCUAUAACUCAAGAUCUCACCCAAGUAUGUAAAUAUCUAUUAACUUGAUUUAAAAAGUACUGUAGUCCUUUUUAUUGUUCAACAGUAACACAUAGGUUAUGUGUAGCGUAGGGAGUGAAUCUGGCCAAAGGCAAUGUGAUAGUACUGUAUAAGAUAAAAAGAGAAAGUAUUUUCAAAGUUUGAAUUAUAACAUUUAGAAUUUCUACAUGAUUUUGUCCUCUUCUUAAGCUUUAGAUUCAGAAAUAGCAUUGAGAUCUUCAGAUAAAGGGCUAUUGCAUUCUGGAAGGUUUUGUUUUUGUUUUUGUUUUAGCUUCACAGCAACUCAUAUUUCAAUAUCUGGCUCAGUCAGGGUUGUGGGAUUUCUUCAUUGUACUUAUGACAACUGCCUACUUCUGUCAGAGUAACUUAAAGAAAAGCCAGGUGGUGGUUUCACUCUUAGUUUGGAGAGGGCAGUGUUUUAAAAGACACCUGCUCUCUUUUAAAGAGGGGAUAAUGCUAAUUUUGAAGCUAACAUAGUUUUGAAUCAUUUUUACCAAUAUUUCAAGGCAUGGAGGGUGUAAUAAAGCUUUACAAAAUGAACUUUUAAAUGCCUUUGUGGUUUUCAAUUUAUAAUUAUUGCUUAGAUGCUGUGUAACAACAGCCAUCUGCAGCUUGCAUAUUGCUACAGCUUUCAACCCUACAGUUGCCAUCUGGAGGUGCUUGGAAGAGGAUAAUCAGUGUUUUGAAAAGCACACCAGGAGAGUUUGACCUGUGCUUUUCGUCACUGCGGACAAAUCUUUGUAUAAAGCUGGUACUUUUAUCAAAUAAUGAGAAUGGAAUGUUACUGCCUGUCCAGCUUGUUCACUGAGUUGUUGAAGGAGAGAACUUGUAGCUGCAGUAGACAUUUAUACCUCAUACAAGCUACGUGUUGUAUAAAGUCUUGUAUUAAAGUAUUUGUUUUAGUGUUCCUUAUUUCAUUGAGAAGGAAUAUCAAUAUAUUCUAAAUUGCUAAUUAUAAACAUAUAUAUAUGUUUAUUAUAUAUAUAUGUGUGUGUGUGUGUGUGUGUGUGUGUGUGUGUGUGUGUGUGUUUAUAAAUAAACAUAAAACAGCUUUUUUUCCCCUCAUACAGCUAAAGAAAUAAUUACAGUUAAAUAUGACCAUGUUUAAACCCCCCCAAAAUAAAUUGCAAAUUAAGUACAAAAACUCUACAGUGGUACCUUGGGUUACAGACGCUUCAGGUUACAGACUCCACUAACCCAGAAAUAGUACCUCGGGUUAAGAACUUUGCUUCAGGAUGAGAACAGAAAUCGUGCGGCGGCAGCGAGAGGCCCCAUUAGCUAAAGUGGUACCUCAGGUUAAGAACAGAUUCAGGUUAAGAACGGACCUCUGGAAUGAAUUAAGUUCUUAACCCGAGGUACCACUGUACUUGCACAAGCACUGAGAUAGAUUUUUGAAUAAUAUAUAGCCUGUGUUGUGUUAUACCUAUGCCCUUCUGAUGUUGUACUGCAGUUUCCAUUAGCUUCAACCAACAUAGCUAGUGGUCUGAGAUGAUGUCAUUCAAAAAGUUGUGAUAAGAUGGUUUAUGACGUAUUGUGGCAUGUGAUUGUGGCCAGUGCUAAGCACCUUAAACACCACUGAAAUCAAUUGCUGAAAAGGCUUUUAUUGUUAAAUUGCCCAAAGCCCCCAACCUGUUGUGUACAGUAGCUAGAAACCUAGAGCCCCAGAGAUUGGCGUGUGGUUCUGACAUUUUGUCUCUUUUUAGAAAAGAUACAGUUUGGCAGUAGGCCCUCCCAAGAAAGAUCCAAAAGUGAAAGGUGUUCAGUCAGCAGCUGUGAGAGCUUUCCUCAAGCGGCAAGAAGAGGAACAAAAGAGAAAAGGAACUUUCCUUCUUUUACAGUCAUAGAAGAAAAAAGAAGAAAAGAAGAACUUCUCGCUAAACGUGUAGAACUGAAACAUGACCGAAAAGCAAGAGCUAUGGCUUCACGGACGAAGGACAAUUUCCGUGGCUAUAAUGGCGUUCCUGUUGAAGAGAAGCCUAAAAAGAGGCAAGGGCGUGAAAACAGUUCUGAAGGGAACACAGGAGGAGGUGAAUGCAUGACAGGUGAUGAAAUGGAGCAAUUUGAAUAUGAUCAGACAGAAUCGGAGCAUGAAUCGGAAGAAUAUGAAGAAAAGCCAUCCAAAGCACCAGUGAAGCCAAAGGCGCCUCCCAAAAGUGCACCUCCAACAUUGAACUUUAGGGAUCUUUUAAAGCUGGCUGAAAAGAAACAGUAUGAACCAGUUGAAAUAAAAGUUCCUCUGAAAAAGACAGAGGAAAGACCCAUGACAGCGGAAGAACUGAGAGAGCGAGAAUACUUAGAGCGGAAACACAAAAAGGGGGUUAUACUAAAAGAGAAAAAAGUUGGGAAAGAAAUAAAACAGGUCACUAUGUCAAAUUCUUCCAAGAAGGAAUUUUCACAGAAGGAGCUCGUAAAUGCUAAACCCAGUAAGCAUUCAGCGGACAAACAUUCCUUGUCGAAAGGAAGCCUUUCCUCUCAAAGUGGUACUGACAAGAAAUCCAAGGGACCAGCUUUAAAUGAAAAGCAUUUGAAGUUGUCAUCUGCCUCCAAACCCAACCCUUCUGAGAAAGCAAAACCUGCACAUAAGGUCCCUUUGAAAAGCCCAUCGAACAGCAGUCAAAUUAAAUCAGCAUCUAAUGGGGGUGGGAAAUCUGGACCUAACUCGCAUACCCCAACUUCAAAAGCGGCUGUAAAUGGAAUUCUCAGGCACCCAUCUACUAAAGAAACUGGUCUGAAAAAAACUACUAGCCAAACAAAACCAUCUGGUGUGACUCCUUCCCAACAUGAAGGUGUUCAAAAUGUCAGCUCCAAGCAAGCAAGCCGCAAUUCAGCCACAGGAGGACCUCUUCCACGAGCAAAGAGCAGCUUGAGUACAGGUCCAGGUCGGCCAAGCAGCAGUUUGAUUGUUGGACGUGGACCACAGGGCAAUAGUUCAGGCAUGGGACCUGGAAGAUUAGGUAGCAGCUCUGGAUCAGGGCAACGAAGCAGCAGCUCAAGUGCGGGACUUGUACGGCCAGGCAGUAACUUAGGUGUGGCGUCUAGCAGACCAGGCAACAGUUCAGGACCAGUGCGUUCUGGAAGUAGUCAAAGCAUAGGACCUGGGCAGCCAAAUAGUCUAAAUGCAGGACCGGCAAGAGGUAGUAACUCAGGAUUAGGACCAGGCCGGCCAAGCACCACUUCAGUUGGAACUCUGAAACCAAAGUGUACGGUUGUAUCAGAAACGAUCUCUUCUAAAAAUCUGGUACCACGACAAGGUAGCGGACAAAUGAAUGGAAUGAGGCCAUUUCCACAGCAGAGACCCAGGAUCCCCCCACAAGGUUUUCCAAGACCAUCUCUUCCACCUAUUACUAGUAAAAGGCAAUAUGAAGACGAUGAAGAUGAAUACGAUUCUGAAAUGGAGGACUUCAUAGAUGAUGAAGGAGAGUCCCAGGAAGAAAUCUCUAGACAUAUUAAAGAGAUAUUUGGCUAUGAUCGGGCUAGAUAUAAAGACGAAAGUGAUUAUGCCUUACGUUACAUGGAAAGCAGCUGGAAGGAGCAGCAGAAGGAGGAAGCCAAGAGCUUGAGGCUUGGAAUGCAGGAAGAUCUAGAAGAGCUAAGACGUGAAGAAGAGGAAUUGAAACGAAAGAAGCAAGCAAAGAAGCUGAGAACACGUUAAUCAAUUUGCCAUAGCUAUGGUUUUCUUGUUAUUCUUCCAUUUCUUUCCCCCCAUUCUGCUGCUUGUUCCAAAUUUCAGCUUUAGUUUUACUUUGCAUAUGAAAGGGUAAAAACUUGAGUAGAAAAUGGAAAUAUAGAAAUAUGGUUCUUUAAUUUGACCCACAAAUUCAUAUUUUUAAUAUUUGCCAAUGCUUCCUUUUUAUAAAAUAAAUGCACUAAUUGAGAAUAUAGACGGAAUUAAAGUGGAAAUGAAUGUUACUACUGCCUAAAUUAGUUCAAGGAUGCCAGCAGACUACUGGCUGACUAUGCACUGGCUUGCAAAAAGUGGGCCCUCACACCAGUACGACAGCCUGCAUUCUUCAUUUUACUUUAAAAAGGAAUAAUGUUAUUUGUGUCCUGAGUCAAGAUUCUUAAAUGUCAUUCUUCCCAUUCAGAUAAAGCACAGAUUAAAAAAUUGUCGCUGCUGUUCUUGAUGUUGAAAGCAAUAUUGACCUGUAUUGGAGAAGAUUAUUUGAAAAAGCAAUGUUAUCAUGAAAGGUUAUCAGCAUUGUCUUCGCAAACUAAUAGACUGAACCUAUCCCCUCGAAGUAGCUGUUGUGGAAUAAACAGACAGCAGUGUCUGACAUGAAGAAAAAAGAAAAAAAGCAUCAUACAUGCCAACAGAAAUCUCAUCCUGUCCCCCUUGCAAAGCUAACUUUCUGGUUCUAGUAAUAAAAGGCUGUUUCUCUGGCUUCUUGAAUUCAGUAAAGUGGGGCCUUGGGAAACCCUGUAUCUAUUCCCAUGUGUUUGAAGUCUUCCUUGAGCUGAUAAGAGUCAGUCCACUGCCUGAUGUUUUCCUCUCCUGCUGUGCAGAAGAUAAAAUUGAGCUACUUCAUGUCAUUUAGAAAUUAUUUCAAUAAGAAAUGGGACCAAAUGAUGAGUUUGCCUUGUAGGUCUGGGAUUUCAUUGCCAAAAAUAAAAAUAAAAUUAUCUUGGGAAAUGCAAACUUACAUUCUAUAUAGAUAUAUAAUUUCUAUGACUUUGGCUUAACUACAUUUUAGGAAUAUUUUUAGAAUAUACCCCAUUUUUUUCCAGUCUCCAUUUCUAGAUUAAGUGCAUAUUGUAUAACAACCCCAAAGCCUGUCGGUGUAUAUUACCAACUAGUUUAUUCCAGAAUAGACACCAAUUCAAUCUACACCCCUCUGAUUGUAGGCAUCUUCAUAGUUACUCCGAACAGUUGUUCAAUAAAGCAGCUGAAUAGAUUCCCCACCAAGAAACAGACCUUUAUAGUUUGUCAAAAGGUCGUUUUUGUUGGUUUUUGAAAGUUUGGUUACGCACCAAUUUAAAGCUACUACAAAUUUAACACAGUAAUUGUAUGUUACAAAAAGUUCUAGGUUUUUUCCAUUUAAAAGAACUAUGUUUUGGGAUUUCAGUGUCAUGUUUCAUGUAUUUUAUUACUCUGGUCUCCAUGUAUGCUGUCAAAUAAAUAAAUAAAACUUAUGCUUGCUAAAAAUUGCAUCGUCAGGCCAAUAAUGAAGAAUAUGAUAUUCUUCUAAAAGCUAAAACUAAGGUUGGACAGUGUAGCCUGAUUAGUGUUCUAGUGGAGAGGUAUUGGCUAGCAGAGAUUGGCUACGGUUUAAAGAAUCAUUGGAGGUGAAAUUGUAAUAAGUAACAGAAAUGAAUGAAUUCAGCCUUCAAAAUGGGAAGUGGAGUUUAAUCAGGAGAAUUAAUGUAAAGUAAAGAAAAUAAAAGAACCUUUGCUUAUAAAAUCCUUCAGCCACCCCUUUUUGUUGUUGGGUGGUGGCUGUUGAAAUGAAACUAUUGGGCAGUUGCUGUAAUUAGCAUGCAGCUGAACUGGAACUCUUAACUUAAAAGUUACUGUUAUCACUAGUGCUAUUUCCCCCCAUUUGUCUGUGUUACAUCUUGCUGUGAUUAAUAUAUACACACAUGAAUCUGGCAAAUGCACCCAUUUGACUUUUUAAUUCAUUCAAGGCAAUGACUGUUGGAAACAUGACCAGGCUGCUGUUCAUUUUAUAAUUAUUCUAAUGUGAGGAUGUCUCUUAAUCAUCAGCCCAGGUACAGUCCUCAGCAAGCUGAAGAAUUUGUAGCACCAGAAGUCUUAACAGAAAUCUUCAUUAUUCACAUGCAUGUUUUAACCACGUCUUGUAAGUUCUGUUCAAGACUGUAUUCUGAAACAUUUCAGUGUUACUUGUCUUGUAGAAGAUAACAUAAUCAAUACUGCCAAUUUCUUUAUCACUUUAGAACUUCCAAAACAGAAACUUGCCCUGAACAUGAGAGUGAUCAUGCAUUCUAGAGAAUAAUUGUAUUCUCUUUUGAGAUGAUGAGCUGUUUAACAUGUCUGUUUGCAUUAUUUGCGUGUGGCAGGAAAAUGUUUUUUCCCAUCAUUUUUCUUGGUUCUUCCCCUUAAAUAAAAAUAUCAAUUAUUUAAUGGUUCAUUAGUCAACUAGAAUAUUCAUUUCUUCCAAGGCAUAUACAACAAUGAAGCAAAAGAAACAAAUUGAAUAUUUUCCUUUUGGAGGUGUCAGGCUUUUACAGAGACGUCAUAGAUUGCAUUAGCAGAAUAAGUUGCUGGUUCUGUUCAGUGGAAGAUGUGCCUUUCCCCCCCCCCUCCAUACUUUAAUCUUUCCAGGAAUGUAGGAUGAAGAGUUAAUUCUGCUGUCAAAGAUGCUUUGUUGAUGCUUGAUCAUGUGAAAUAGCAUAGUUUUUUUUUAUAUAAAGUCCUUCCAGGUCUUGUAUUGCACAACUACAGUAGUUAGUAUUUAUUGAUAUUACUAAGUAAAACUGAAGGGCACUUUGUAUUUAAUUAAAACUUAAUUUUGCAAUUGCCUUAUAUGUAUUUUAUUAAGGCUGUACUUACACUUUUUACAGCAGUAUCUGACAAGCCAGGGCAGCAAGUUUCAUGGAAAAUCCUAGCAAACAACUGUGAUUUAUUCUUUAAUGGAGAACUCUUUCGAAAUGUAUAAAAUCUUAUUUUUUAUAAGCCCCUGAUUUUUAUCCAGCAUAACUAAUUUUUAUUUGGCUUUGGCUUUCUGUAAAUUUAAUUACCCCAAAGUGUAUUUCUACAUAUAUAGCAGGAGACCAAAACACUGGAAAGAAAAUACAGUCUUGAAGAGACUAGUAAAUUAAUUGUGAUGACUAUGUUGGAUUUCUAUUUAUUUUGUUGAGUCAGAGUACUACAAUCAAGUGUUAGCAUAUAACUGAGGAUGCUUCUAGAUUCCAUGUUCUGUUUUUUGUGAAGCUCAUUGUGUUUAACACAAUGUGACCAAUCAGGUAAAAACUGUUAACCUUAUUGUUUUUUUUUCUGGUGCUGUCCAGAGUGUAUGCUUUUGCACAUUUGAAGUGCAGUCUGAAAGCAAAUUAUGUAUAUAAUAAAUUACAGGCAUUAAAACAUUUUAUUGAA